GAACAUGGCCCUUCCUCUAGAUCUUCGGCCGCACGUGAAUGGCCUCACGGAUUGUAACUUCGGGGUAAAUUCGACCCUUGCCCUACAUAUUACUUGGCCGUGAGUCACUUCUUCAUCCUGUCCCAAAUUUUGCCGCUUAAUUCGUGGUCACGCUGGGGAAUCUCCGGAAUAGGAGGGAAGGCGGAUUUCACCGCCUGACGUCAACGAAAGCUGUGAAGGGAUAAGCCCAGGCAUGUACACGCAGAAGGCCACAUCUCCAGCGAUCUAACUUCAUUUCCUUAGCGACCAAAAAGAAAAGAGAGUGAGAGAAAAGGAAGAAGAGAAUGAGUGCUGCGGUGAUCCCAAGCACCUGAUAAUUAACUCUCGGAAAGGCUACUGCAACCAGCAGUCUCUUAGUCCUUUGUGCCGGCCUGGUCCACUUUGUCUCUCCUGACACUGAUUCUUCUAUCAACGCCGUCAUUGGCCAGACCUUCAACCUGGCUCGACUCAUGAAAGCCAACAGCACAGUCCUUCUGAACACCUAUCUGAGGCACCAAGGUAGCCCAUUUAGUGACUCCGGCUUUGAUGCCCAUAGACUACACUAUGAAGGGGUGCCAACGGCCGCCAUCCCGUUCCUGGAAUGGCGGACCCUUAGCAACCUUAAGCGUCUGGAAAAGAACUACGAAGCCUACACCGCCUUCUCUGAGUUCCUGCAGUUGGUCUGGGAUGACCAGUUUGAGCUCAACCCCACUGAAGUGGAACUGCUGGAGAUGCUGAGGGUGACCCGGUUGCGUAUCCAAGGCCUGCUGAGCAACUUGACCUCCAUCAUGUCUGCCUUGGGCGCCCCGCCCACUGCCAUAGCAGACUCGCUCAUGUUGGAGGCUAUAGAAGCUGACACCUUUGAGAAGAAGGUCCGGGGCUAUGUGGUGUGCCACACCUACAAAGAGUGGAUCGAUCGGACUGUGCGAGACUUCUCUCUCCUCAUGGAGAAAUUUCCUGCUUGAGGAUUGCUCAAGGAGUAAUUCCCAGGUUAAAGGGUUACUCUGGUCCUUACUGCAGAUUGCUUACGGAAGUAGGCCUAGGGAGAAGACAGAUACAAAAUCCAUGGAAUGGCGGGGCAGAUCUGGAAGUGCCCUUACUGCAUUCACUCCAAAUGUAUCUUUUCAUCUCCAGAGCUAAGCUCUGAAAAAAUCCUAGCUCUGCAAGUUUUCAGUAAAAACCUGCAGUUUGGCACAGUAUUGAUUGGCUACCUCCUCUGGCUGUGCAUAGUGCAGACUGCCUUCUGUUACCCUGUGCUGUCACCAAGAUCCUCUCCAGAUCAUGCACUUAAAAAAUAAUUUCCAAUAAUAAUAAUAAUAAUGCAACAAAUUAAUAGGUAAAUGCAUAAAAAUUCUGUACAGCACUUAAAACAUGUCUUUAAAAAGGCAGACAGCCUACACAAAGUGUCAGUGAGGAGAGGUACGGCUGACGGCUGAGCCAGAAUUUGAUUUGCUGGCAUGCAUACCCUGUCAUUUCAGUUGUGAAGCCUUAGCCACUCCAUGAUGUGUUCUUUAAGCGUGUCUGCAUCUUAUGAGGCUAGCUUGGGCGCUUGUGCUCAGCUAGACUUCUUGCAUCUAUGAUUCCUGGUCUUGCACUUUGUUCUCCUCUGGGGGUGGUCUGUUAUUUUCAGUGGCAACCAUUUAGGAAUAUGCUUAAACUGAUGUUAAUUGGACUUCAAAGUGCUUUAAACUUUGGCUGUAUAUCACAUUCCAUUGUAUGUAUAGCUACUGUAUGUGUGAUAUCUAUGUCUGUCUGUCUGUCUCUAUCCCAGCGUUUGCCAAUUUGGUGCUGUCCAGAUGUUUUGAACUACAACUCCCAUCAGCCACAGCCAGCUGUAUUGUCUGGGAGCUGUAGUCCAAAACAUCUGGAGGGUACUAGAUUGGCAAAGGAUGAUCUAUAUAUAGACAUACACACAUAUUUAUGGAUUGAUUGUUAUUUAUUACACAGCAAAGUUUACAUAGGUUAUUUAUAUACUAUUUAAUGAGGGACAAUGGGAUUAACUUAUUCUGUUUUUCUGAUGUCUGGCAAUGCUCUGGAAAUGUGAGGAUGUUUAAGAAGAGCUGAAAGAGAGAGGAAUGUUCCAGCAAGGGGAUGGUCACUUACAAAGGAUGGAAAAUAAGAAAAUAGACUAUAAAAUGAAGACAAUAAUAAUGUAUGUGAAUAAUCUGACUCUUGCAACACUGACACAUGGCUGUCUGUGACAUAUAGGGGUUUUAGAUCACUUCACACUUGAUACUUUCCAGUAGAUGUAAUUUACAUACUCAUCAGCAAGUCCUCAAGGGCUGCUGCCACACUUUGUCACUUGACAGGACCAGCCCAAGACAUUUUGCUGCCUGAGGCAACCUUGGAGAAGAAGACAACCAUUGGAUCUUAUUUCAACAGUGUUGCAUUUAAGGGCAGUAGGCUAGCUUGGGGGCACAAGGCAGGCUGCGUGGCAUACACAAUUCUGUCUCCAAACACCUCGUUGUCUUGCCACUCCUUGCCCUCCAGCAUCUGCCAUCCGAGGUGGCUGUCUCACACUGCCUAAUGGUAAGACCAGCUCUGUUCUUCUCUACUCUUGAUUGCUGUACACCACCCUUUCCUAACUUGGUGCUUCCCAGAUGUUGGAUUCGUUCUCCCACAUACCCCUGCCAGGAUGGCCACUGAUUAUGGAUGAGGACAGUUAUGGUCCAAAACAUCUGAAGGGCACCAGGCUGGGGAAGGCUGCUUACACCCUUCAUGACUGGCAGCUGAAUGCGUGAAUUUAUUUCCCCAGAACAGCAUUGCAUUUAAAGUGUUGUGAGGAGAUAAUGGGAGUUCUAUAUGGUAUGGCUAUUCACACAUGCAAGUAACUGAUUUGCUGCCAUAUUGAUAGGUGUGUGUGUGUGAACCAAACCCAAAAAGUCCAUCUGCCCUGAUGGUAACCAGGGAAGGAGUGAGUUACGGGACUGUUAUUAUUUGCUCUGUGCCUUAGGGGCUGAACAAAGAAUAUAUAUCAGCUUUGAGAUGCAGCCACCUCUGGGGUAGGGCAUAUAGGGAUUAAAAACCUGACAAGGAAAUGAAGCUAUCUUAGGUUAAGCAAUAUUCUUCAUAGUUUUUUUCCUCUCGAUUAUAUUAAAAUGUUUUUUAAGAAGAAUGUUAUUUUGUAUGUUUUUAAAGACCUUUGUUUUUUUAACUAAUGUAGAAAACAGUAUAUUUUUGGUACCUUGGUGAUAGUAUGCAUCUUGCAGAAAUUGUUUGGAUAUGUCCUUGCCUUUUAUACA